CAGCAGAGACAGAGACAGCCCCGUUACCUUGUGCCAGAGGUGCUGCCCAGGCAAUCGCACUCUGUCAGUACAAUGCAUAGCGUGGGAGAGAGAGUACGGGUCAGUACGGGGCCCGGGAAAUCUUGCCGAGGGCUCAUUCUUUGUGUCGGGAGCACACAAGAGGAAAACCCCACGUACGACGUGCUUCUCCAAUCACCAGAUCCGACCUCCACCGCCAUCGCCACUGCUUCCUCGCCAUCUAGCAUCACCGCCGACGCCCGCCAAGAAGAUGCCACCGAGAGAGAGCUGACAGGACUGUCCGCCUCGAGCCUAUCAGCGUUGCAGCCGUUCGAGCUCGACCAGAGCACGGAGGAUAUCGAAGCGGUGGCCGAGGUGGAGGUCGCGUUGGCGGGAGAAAGACUCAAGGACGGCGGGAACACUUUGUUCAAGUUGGGAGAUACGGAUGCCGCUGCGGAGAUGUUCGCCCGAGCGCUGAGGACUCUUGAGCGGGCACCAGUUGUCGGCGCAACCGUACUGGUGAGAGUGCUUCCUAACGGCGCCACCGCCACUCGCUACCGUUCCGGGAUGGUUUCCGACGCCAAUGAGGGUGAUGGUCCCUGUCCGACAUACGACGUCAUCUACGAUGAAGCAGCAGUCAAGAGCGCCGCCGGUGGCAACGAGGAGCACCAAGAAGAGGAGGAAGAAGACGACGAAGAAGACGGCGUCUCGCCUGACAGGGUGCUGGGCGUGCCGCUAUCUCCGUGUGUCUGGUGCGCUGCAAGGCUUAACCUGGCGCGCUGCUCUUUCAGGAGAGGGAGGCACGAAGAGGUUGUGGAGGCGUGCACGCUGGUGCUGAGCUUAGCGAGGCUCACGAUGGGCCAGAAGAAACGGCCCCGGGAGGAGAGGGCCAAGCUUCGGGCGCACUGCCUAACGGCCCUCCGCAUGAGGGGCGGCAGUCACCUCGCCCAGCACCACGUGGGCCAGGCCCGAAAAGAUGCCAGGCAUGAGCAUGGUGCGCUCGUCCGGAGACGACGAAGAAAGCAGGGCGCAGGCGACGCGGUUUGAGGCCGAGGUCGAACGGAAAGCGAAAGCGCUUCUCAAGACCAACCGCAAGCUCGCGAAGGACGUCACCCGGUGGGUGGAUGCUAGCAUGGCCAAACACGAUCAGGCGUGUCUGAAAACAGGAGACGAAGCGCCCCCCCCCCCGGCGCCUCGAUCGGGCGAAGGACGGGGCGAUGGUGGUGUGGAGGAGUCCAAGGGGGGCCGGCGGAGCGCCGCGGACGGUGGGGAUGGGGGUGGCAAGUCUUGGCUCGGGAGUUGGAUGCGAUGACACGGUUGGCCUGUUGCCGCACUCCCCACGGUUUCUAUUGUGCGUGUGCAUCACCAACGACGCCAUCCCCCAAGUGCUGGUUGGGGGUGGAUAGAGGUAUGGCCAGGGGAGACGGCGGACAAGGAGAGGUGGCCAGGGAAACUGUGGUGUCAUUUCCAAUUAUUAGUCGAUCUGGGUGCGUAUAUCCUCGGCAAUGUGGGACGCCACGGUCAGGCACGAGGCUGCGUGUUCGACAGUAGAGUUGGGGGGCAGGAAAGCGAUACAUAGCACAUGAAACAUCGAAGAGGCCCCACAUCGUUUAUUCCUGGAAACACCUGUCGUUUGGGGCUUUUCAGGGGAAAGUCAGCGAGACCCGGUUGUUCCGUGAAACGUGUUAUAAAACGGGAACUGCUCGAAUAUGUGUUUGUAGCGUACUGUUUGUGCGCCUACCCCAAU